AAAGUCAGUUAUUGAGAAAGAAGUGCCGUGAUACGCACCUAUCUGUCAAAUUUACUAUGAGGCGAAAAUCGACAUUUUCGUUCCUUUUGAUCGCGAUUGGUACAUGUCUUAUACACACAUUUGAAACAUUGUCCGCGCAAGAUGUUACAUUUCAACCAUAUAUAACCCAUUUGAAAUGCUUCGAGAGUCAUGUGCAUAUUUCAUGGAAGAAACAAUAUAAUGCUCCACCGAUUAGAUAUUACAUUGUUGAAUAUAAUACGUCAUUUUCUCCAAAUUCAUGGGAAUCGUUAAAUACUUCAAGCGAUCAAUGUUCGUUCAAUACACCUCUGACACCAUGGAAGAAUUAUUCGUUUCGGAUUAUCCCUCAUAAUGAAAUUGAUCCGUUAAAAACCAGGCAUAAUUGUAGUACUAAUGCAACGAGGCCGUUCAGAAAUCCAAAUAACGUUAAAGAUGAAGGUACAACACCGACAAAUUUAGAAAUUUCAUGGGAUCCAAUCGAAAGUAUCGAUCAUUUUGGACCAGAAUUCGAUUAUCGUAUCUAUUGGAAAAGAAACAUUCCCGACGCAGAAUGGAAUGUCAUGAAUAUUACCGAUGAGUCUCAAAGCAGAAUUAAGCUACCACAUCAGCCAACAUGUGUUUCAUAUCGCAUUAAAGUUGAAGCUAACAAUAAGCUCGGAAAAUCGAAGGUAGAAUCCGCCGAAAUAAUUGGAUCGGAAGCGCCGAAAAAUGUUAUUGUGACUUAUUUAUUGAAGGAAAAAUCGGCAAUUUUGCGAUGGUCACCAGUCUCACCAGCCACUUGGAAUGGCCAUUUUACAUUCUAUUAUGUUGAAAUGGUAACGCCAGAUACAGAAAACAAUGUUCUUCGUACAUUUUUCGUAAACUCGACCGAAAUAAAAAUUCAAAAUUUAACAGUCGGUGUAUAUAAUUAUGCCAAGAUAAUGGCAUGCAAUAAUAUAGCUUGUGGACCACAAAGUCAUUUGAUUGAGAUUUUCAUGCUCCCCGACGUGCCCGGUAGAAUUGAAAAUUUGGAGGCAUUUCCAUUAGGAUCGUCUGCAUUUUUACUGAGAUGGAAACCAAUGAUUGACUCAGUCAUGGGAUACAAUAUUUAUUACAAAGACGAAUUAGGAAAGGAAAUGGCACGGAGUCCCCAAAUCAAAGAUCCAUAUGUAGAUCAAGCCAAAUUGAAUGUAUUUGAAGUAGGAAGCAAAACUUAUGAGUUGUCCGUUGCUGCAUCAUUUGGAGAUGGUAGAGAAGGAAAAAGAGCCACGAUUAGUGCUAAAACAAAAGCAAAAGGUCCCAUUGCGAAACUCGAUAAACCAUCUUUCAAAUACGAUCCAUUACCAAUUCAAAAUGAUUGGUUCAGUAUCAAAGUAAUAUGGAUGCCAAACGUAAUGGGAGAACCUGGUGUAGAUUUUCGUGCCGAAUACCGUAUCACAGGUGACCAUCAAUGGACAUAUACUGAGAAAAUCAAAAGCGACGACUUUGUUAUCAUCGAUCAACUGUCACCAUAUGAAAUAUAUGAGGUUGUUGUUGUAUCGAUCGAAGGCACUUGCACAGCACGCAGCGAUAUACAAGAGAUUACACGUGGCUUAGUAAGACCAACAACGUCACACUUCGUCAGAAACGUUAUAAUUGGCUUAACGAUAGUGGUCUUGUGUUUUAUACUGGUAUCGUUUGUUGCAUUUAAAUUUUAUCGACGCAAAUCGAAGAAGAGGAACUCAUUCGAAAGUUUGAACGAUCAAAAUUCACACAAAGUUUCGAAUAAGUAUCAGAAUCAAAAUAGGAAUGUUUACUCUAAUGGUGAACAAAGAAACAAUUCGAUUUAUUAUCUGUAUAAAUUUGAAGAGGGAAAUAUUGAUUGUUUAAAUCCAGAGCUUAUGUUGGACGAACAAGCCGAUUUGUUGCCAUAUGAUCGAAAGUAUGAAUUUCCAAGGGAAAAACUCAUACUCGGCAUACAAUUAGGAGCUGGCGCUUUUGGAGUUGUUGUCAAAGGUGUUGCACAUGGUAUUGUACCUUAUGAGGACGAAACAACCGUUGCCGUUAAAAUGGUCAAAAGUUUGGCCGGAUAUGAGAUAUUACGAGCUUUAGCUUUGGAGUUAAAAAUCCUAGUCCAUUUGGGUCGACAUUUGAACGUCGUGAAUUUGCUCGGUGCCGUUACCAAGGACAUUUCCAAACGUGAAUUAAUGUUAAUCGUUGAAUAUUGUGCGCAUGGCAACCUGCAAUCAUAUUUAAUUCGAAACCGUGCACAUUUUUGUGAUCAAAUAAACCAUGAAGAAGAUUGUGUCGACUCCACAAUAACGCCAAGCAACGAAAUGCCUUCAAUGAUGACAACAACCGACUUAUUAAUUUGGUCAUUUCAAAUUGCGCGUGGAAUGCAUUAUUUGGCCUCUCGAAAAGUAUUACACGGCGAUUUGGCGGCACGAAAUGUAUUACUCUGCAAUGAUAAUGUGGUGAAAAUUUGCGAUUUCGGUUUGGCACGAUCAAUGUACAAAACGAGCAAUUAUCAAAUCAAAACGCAGCGGGCACUCCCGUUCAAGUGGCUAUCACUUGAGUCGAUUAGCGAUUUAAUGUUUACUUCUUUUUCCGACGUUUGGUCGUACGGUGUUGUUCUGUGGGAGCUAUUUUCACUCGGCGCAACACCGUAUCCGGGAAUGAACGCUGGUACACCUUUGUACACGAAGUUAAAGGGAGGAUAUAGAAUGGAAAAACCACAAUAUGCAACGCAAAAUGUAUAUGACAUUAUGCUAUCGUGUUGGCAAGAAGCACCUCAAUCACGACCGCUGUUUGAUAAAUUGGAAGAAAUGUUUAAGAUUAUGUUAGACAGAAGUGUAUCGGAACAUUAUAUUAUACUGAAUGAACCAUAUUUAAUGGCAAAUCGCUUACAAUCAGUAACAGUGAUUAUGUUACAUUAUUGAUGGGCUGCCCUGAUGUCCAACCACCUUCAGUACCAAAAAAGCAGGAACAAAAUCUAAGUUCGUCUUUAACACAAUCACAUUCCGUGAAUUCCAAUAUUUACACCUAGAUUUACACAAAGCAAUGACGGCCCGAAAUGACUCUUUAGUGUCAUGUGUGUAUAAGAUUCAUUUCAGAAGAGACGCAGAGACUCGUGAUAAUCUCAAUACAAUGAUGGAAUAUAAAUAGGUACUCUACAAUAUAAAAUACUGUUCACAUGUAUAUACUCUCGAGAAUUCUCGUAAAUUCGAAAGAAAUCACAGUGUUCACUUGUUAUGGUAAAAAUAGGUCUUAAAGAGAACCUUCAAUUUAUUUGAAUUGAAAAUGUUUGAAUUUUAGGCAAAUAAUCGAGCGUACAUACCAUUGUCAAAUAUAUGAUGUAUCUAUAGAUAGAAUUACGAAUAAA